GGGAGGCGUCGGUCAAGCCGGAGCCCCCGGGAGCGCCCGCCUCCGCAGUUAUCAGGUUAGUGUUCGCCGCGGCGCUGGGCUCGGGGUUCCGAGCGGAGCUGGUGGAGCCCUCCGAGUCCUCCCGGCACCGGCCUCGGGAGGGGGGGGUCUGCAGCGGGGUCACCACGCCAGCGGAGCCGGGCACAGCGAGCGCCUCCCGCCAGCCGCGGCCAUGGACAUGAAGAAAAGGAUCCACUUAGAGCUGCGGAACAGGACGCCCUCAGAUGUUAAAGAGCUCGUUCUUGACAACUGCAGGUCAUACGAAGGCAAAAUCGAAGGCCUUACAGAUGAGUUCGAAGAGCUGGAAUUCUUAAGUACAAUCAACGUAGGCUUAACCUCAGUUGCAAACUUACCAAAGUUAAACAAACUUAAGAAGCUCGAGCUAAGUGACAACAGAAUCUCAGGAGGACUGGAAGUGUUGGCAGAAAAGUGUCCAAACCUCACGCAUCUAAAUCUAAGUGGCAACAAAAUAAAAGAUCUCGGUACAAUAGAACCUCUGAAAAAGUUAGAAAACCUGAAGAGUUUAGAUCUUUUCAAUUGCGAGGUAACCAACUUGAACGAUUAUAGAGAAAACGUAUUCAAGCUCCUCCCGCAACUCACAUACCUCGAUGGCUACGAUCGGGACGACAAAGAAGCGCCGGACUCUGACGCAGAGGGCUACGUGGAGGGCCUAGACGACGAGGAGGAGGAUGAAGAUGUCUUAUCUCUAGUGAAAGAUCGGGACGACAAAGAAGCGCCGGACUCUGACGCAGAGGGCUACGUGGAGGGCCUAGACGACGAGGAGGAAGAUGAAGACGAAGAGGAGUAUGAUGAUGACGCUCAGGUAGUAGAAGACGAAGAAGAUGAGGAGGAAGAGGAGGAAGGAGAAGAGGAGGACGUAAGCGGAGAAGAGGAGGAGGAUGAAGAAGGCUAUAACGAUGGUGAGGUAGAUGAUGACGAAGAUGAAGAAGAGCCCGAUGAAGAACGGGGACAGAAGAGAAAACGAGAACCUGAAGACGAAGGGGAUGAGGAUGACUAAACUGAAUAACCUAUUUUGAAAAUUUCCUAUUGUGAUUUGACUGUUUUUACCCUGUAUUUCCCCUCCCCACACCCCCAACCUUUUUUUUUCUUUUUUUUUUUUCUGAUUGUAAUGUUGCUGUGGGAACGAGAGGGAGAAGCAGACUGGGUGGGCAAGGGAAUAAAAUACUAUUUUUACUGCCACUCCUCCUCCUAUUCAUUUUAAAUUUUUUCUUUUUGUCCCUCUCUUAGUCCCUGUAACUGCAAUAGUAAGUAUAAACCAAGUGGUAAUUUGUUUCUUAUUAUUGGAGUGGAUAGUUUGACAUCUUUCAAAAGAAAAAAAAAAAGUUAAGAUCAGUGGAUGAUACCCCAAAUACACAUAUUCUGUUCUGAGACAGCCGAAUAUCCUUGGUUGUUGGGAUUUUCCACCGCUGCCAGUCACUAAAUACGUUGUAAGCAUUUUUGGGGGAUGCUUCAAAUCUAGGCAAAGCGUCCCUCCACAGCAACAGGUGUGAGAAUGGCAUAUUGAUAAAGUGAUUUCUUUGUUGCCUGUCCGUGAAUGACUGCCAUUUUCAGCCAAUGCUUUCCCUGCUUUUGUAGGUACCUUUUCUUUUGCUGUUUGUAAAUAGUGACCAAAUGUUUUUUUUGUUUUGUUUUUUUGUUUUGUUUUGUUUUGGGGUGUUCCUUUGGAUCUGGUUUGUGGGGUGAAUUUGCAAUCCCCUCCUUCCCCAUGUGUUGUGUUUUUUCCUUUGUUUGUUUUGUUGCUUUUUUUUUUUUUUUUUGGCUAGGGUAUAGCCAA